AUGUUUCUGGUCUCCGAUGGAGAUGGCGGUAUCAUUGAGGAAGUCGACUACUCAAAAAUAGCUAAACUGGCUGGAAUCAGCAUGAGCAAUGAAUCUGAUCUGGUUUCCGAGUUAUGCAAAGAACAGCUGAGAAUCAUUCUUCGGGAAAAGCUGCGAACUGGGGAGCAACUACCUCCAGCUGUUCUCAUUCUUUUAUGCAUCCCUGCAGUCAUAAUCAUUCUUCUGACCGUUUUUGGUAAUUUACUGGUGCUGUUCUUCAAAGCGCGAGUCGGGCGGACCAAUACCACGCUGCUUGUCUGGAAUCUUGGUCUAACCGACUUUUUAGUGGGUGUUAUCGUACUCCCCAUGGGAGCUGUUUAUUUAAUAUACCGUAAAUGGAUAUUCGGGCGAUUUUUGUGUCGAUUAUGGGUAGCAGCUGAUGUAACAUUCUGCACGUGCUCGGUGGUGACAAUAUGUGUGAUUUCUGUGGAUAGAUAUCUUGCAGUGACAAGACCACUGAGGUAUAAAAGCAUUGUAACAAAGACCAAAGUAAUUACCGUGAUGUCAAUUAUUUGGGUUUUUUCUUCGUCGAUUCUUCUGACGACUGUCAGAUGGGAACAACCAGAAUGCUAUGACGACUCCCUAUGCUUCGUUGGAAAUGAAAUUCGGCAUCUGGCUCACAGUGUGGUUUUCGCUUUUUUCCUUCCAGCUUCAGUUACCCUAACUUUAUAUUGGCGUAUCUACAAACUGGCCAGAAACCGCCAAAAAGCAUUGGAUCGUGGAUUUCUCAUGAUACUCGGUUCAAACAUGAACUUUCUCACGAACACACUCAGUCAGCAGACAACACUCCGCGUACACUUCGGAAAAACAAACGGAAUGGUAGAGCAUCAGCGGCGAGUGUUGCGGACCCAUGAAAGGAUUGCAAAGACGCUUGGUGUUGUCUCCUGCUCUUUCCUAUUCUGCUGGUUGCCGUUUUUCGGGUUAUACUUAACAAAUUACAAAUGCUCGGGUUGUAUACCACCUAUCGCCAUCGAUGUGGCAAGCUGGCUAGGUUACUGUAACUCGAUGCUGAAUCCAAUUAUCUACUCAUUCACAGUCAAAGAAUUCAAAAGAUCAGCCUUUCGACUUGUUGUUCCAAUCUGGCAGUUCGUUAAUCGGUGCUUACCGUUUGUUCCUGCACCACCAGAUAACAUUUUGCAAAGAAUCGCAAGACAUGUACAUCGGCAUAAAGAGAAGGAAAUGCAAACAAGACAUCGAUCGUUUGAGAUGUCGUCCAACAAAAACGGAAUGCUAACGACUAAAGUUCGUUCAAAGAGAAGACAAACUGAGCCAAAUGUAGUCGGAUUAAUCACACCUGAUCACAAACCACCUGCCAUUAUCUCAAAAAUCUAUGAAAUUCCAGUUGCAGACAGUGGUCUCGUAACAGAUCGAAAUCUUCAUCUAUCCCCCAUCAUCAUCUCUCUUGUCUCUUCUCUGGACGUGUUCAUUUCCCCAUGCCAUAAUUAA